UGCAUAUACCUUUCUAUAUUCUCAUUCCCCUGUCCACAAAAUCAACAACGAGACAACCUUUUUGAACCUUAAUGAGUCCAAAAUCGACCAAACAUAAGCAUAAAGACAUAGAAUUUCGAAGUUCCCUUAAGGCUUAUCACACUCAAACUAGUCAAUUUGUGGAAAAUAGUUGGUGAAAUAUCCAAAGCAAAGCAAAAUAGACGAGGAGAAAAACGCUGUCGUUCUGAAAGGCAUAAACCCAGAAAGAGGCUCAUAUUCAGAGGGUUUUCUUAAACCUCGACUAGACCGAAUUUCACCUCUCUACGUUUUCAUGUUUGUCUUUAGUAAUGUUUCUGUCUCCUGGUCCGUUUUGCUGUCGUUUAUAUGAUGCAAGAAGUGGAUACUGUAUAAAUCCUAAAAAUUCAAACUUUAUGUUCCUCUUUAGCUCAAAUUUCAUUCCCAUUGCCCAUUGUAAGCCACUCUUCACUGCAAUAGUAAGGUAUUGUUGUUUUAUAUCUGGAUCAGCAAGGAAGUGGUAGUUUUAGCUUAAAGUCCUCUUUUUCAUCUAAGGAUACUUCAAAAAGUUUAGUUCCCUGACAAGGUUUGAGUAGAAAUCGUAUAUUUAUGUCUGGGGUUCUAGUAGCUUGGUUGUAGAAUUGAGUUCAUUUCGGGGGAUCCUAGAAGAUUUUGAGUAUCCUGCAUAUGCAUUUCUAUUGAACGAGAAAUGGGGACAGAGUCGUGGUUUAGUAAUUUAUGGUGGAAUUCUCGGAAAGAUGCUUUACAGACUGAGAAGGCAGCAAUUGGAGUUUUGGCUUUUGAAGUUGCAAGUUUGAUGUCCAAGGUUGCUAAAUUGUGGCAUUUUCUGGGCGAGAAUGAAAUGUUUAGGUUGAGGGGAGACAUUUUAAACUCUAUUGGGAUUCAGAAGCUUGUAUCGGAUAAAGAUGAUUAUCUUAUGGACCUCGCAUUAAAUGAGAUUAUGGAGAAUUUUGGACUCUUAUCAAGAUCUGUAGCCAGGCUUGGGAGGAGGUGCAUAGAUCCUCAUUUUCGUCGUUUUGAACAUUUUGUUAAUGAUCCACUUGCAAAUAAUCUUGAAUGGAUUGGGUGGGAGUAUAGAUUGACGAAGAUGGAAAGGAAAGUGAAAAAAAUGGAGAGAUUUGUUGCAGUUACAAUGCAAUUGUCUCAGGAGCUUGAAAUUCUAGCAGAGCUUGAGCAAACUCUUAGGAGAAUGCGUGCAAAUCCUGUUUUGAGUCGAAGGAAAUUGCUCGAGAUGCAGCAGAAGGUGAUGUGGCAACGUCAGGAAGUGAGGAAUUUACGUGAGAUGUCGCCGUGGAUUAGAACUUAUGAUUACAUUGUUCGGCUUCUGGCAAGAUCACUUUUAACAAUACUUCAGAGGAUUAUGAAUGUCUUUGAGAUUAGUCAACUGCCUUCUCCCGAGGAAAACAUAGAUCAGGAACAUAUGAAUUCUACUCGAUUUCCACGGAGCCUUUCUUUUUCUGUUCUCAUGCAAUCAUCAAUAUAUCCUUCAGAGAACUUUUUAUGUGGAAUCUCUCCAGGGCCUCCUGGUAGAUUAGAUUCAAAGUCAGGAGUAACUUCUGCGAACAAUAAAGUAAACAAGACACAGCGGCAACUUCUUCAUCAAUCAUCCACUGUUCUUCCUCGCUUCAAAACCAACCAGUUAGCUCAUGUUGGACUUUUCAAAGAAUGCAUGACAAGUGGAAGUCGGUCUCCUAUUCUGCAGGCUGGCAAGCCAGCUUUCUGUGGUUCAGCGAAAUUCACUGUCGAUUAUAUGACAGUUGCUGAUAAAAUGGAGAACUUGAAUCUGUGGCCUUUUAUUUGCAGCAACAGAAUUUAUUAUAAAUUAGCCCUCUUCAGUUCAAAGCAUGGGUUGCUGAAUGCCCCUUCUUCUACUCUUGGUCAUGCUGCUUUAGCUCUUCACUAUGCAAAUGUGAUCGUGUUCAUUGAGAAGCUAGCUUCUUCACCUUACACGGUUGACUAUGAAACCCGAGAUGACUUGUACAAUAUGUUACCCACAACUAUAAGAGCUGCUCUUAGAAGUAGACUCAAGGCUUAUGGCAAAGCUCUAUCUACAUCUGCAUACGAUGCUUCCCUUGCACAGGAAUGGAGUCUGGCACUCACAUACAUGUUGGAAUGGUUGUCCCCCCUGGCACAUGACAUGAUAAAAUGGCACUCCGAGCGAAAUUUUGAGAGAGACCAAGAGGUUUCCAGGACAAAUGUUCUUCUGCUGCAAACGCUUCAUUAUGCAAAUCAAGCAAAAACUGAGGCUGCAAUAGUUGAGCUCCUUGUAGGACUCAACUACAUCUGCACGAUCAAUCAAGACCUCGAUGAAAAAGGUUGGCCGGAGUCUUCUAGGUGCAGAGUUAAUUCUUUUAUACACCAAAAAGGGAGGACAGAGACAAUGAGGCAUAAUUGAUGCUUAUCAGUGUCAGAAAAAUUCAGAUGACCGAAUCAUAUGAUUUUCCAGUCAGGUGGAUCUGACUAGAUAGCGCUCUCCCCAAGCUACCUUUAAUGGCAUAUUCUCUAAUUGCCAAGGUAUCAUUUUAAUCAAUCAAGGCACUGUUUCUUCUUUCUUUGGAACAGGGCAUGCUUGAUCACAUUGCUGUAUCCGGACUCGCAGAAGUCCUUUAUCUGUAUACAUGGCAGAUUAAUGUUGGUCUUGGGGCCUUCCCGUGUAAAGAACACCUAAUCUUGUAACAUGAAGGUUUCUAUAGUAUUAAGGAAUGCAAACUCACUCCUCUUUUCAGCAAUGAAAGAAAAUGCAAUUUAUGAUGUCA